AGCUCCAGAGAGUCCCGCCCACUCGGCCGCGGAACUGGGGGCCGGUGUCAGGAUCCGACGCGGAGCCGGGACCAGAGGCAUGGGGCCCCGGGUGUGGCUAGUGCGCAUGGGCCGGCUACCCUACGCCGAGGCGUUGGCCCUGCAGGAGCGCUGGCUCCGGCGGCUGCAGGGGGCGCGGGGGCCCGGCGCCGAGGCGGGCGCGCUGCUGCUCGGGGAGCCCGCGGGGCCCGCCUACACGGCCGGCCUGCGGGGCGGACUGGAGCCCGGAGAGGAGGCGCGGCUGCGGGCGCUGGGCGCUGACGUACGGCGCACGGGCCGCGGUGGCCUAGCCACCUUCCAUGGGCCUGGCCAGCUACUGGCCCACCCGGUGCUGGACCUGCGGCCCCUGGGCCUCCGCCUGCGGACGCACGUGGCGGCGCUGGAGGCCUGCGCCGUGGGCCUGUGCCGCCGCCUGGGUCUCCAGGCUAGUUCCCGGCCCCCGCCCUACACCGGCGUCUGGCUGGGGGAGCGCAAAAUCUGUGCUAUCGGGGUUCGAUGUGGAAGGCAUAUCACAUCCCACGGGCUGGCUCUGAACUGCACCACAGAUUUGACAUGGUUUGAACACAUCAUACCCUGUGGCCUGGUGGGAACAGGAGUCACUUCCCUCAGUAAAGAACUCCAGAGACGGGUCACCGUGGAGGAGGCCACAGACCCCUUCCUGGAGGCCUUUGAAGAGGCCUUCCAGUGCACACUGACAUUGCAUGAGGAGGACAGAGAUUGACAGUGUAAGAUUAUAUAUAUUUUUUGAACAUCCGUGACAGCUUACAAUGGUUGAAGAUUGGGGUAGACAGGUUACUUUGUUAUGUGCCUGUGGGAGUAGCAGUAAUAGUGGCAAUGCUCAAGCUGUACCAUGGUGGUUGAGAAACUAACCUCAGCAAAUGGAAUGAAGAUCAUGAUUCUAGCAAUGAGGGAGGAGAUCACACAGUUAAACCAAAAGGUUGCAGACUUGACUGAGGAAAAGGAAAACAACAAAGCAAAUCAUACACAAAAAGACAAUGCAGAAAAUGUAGCAACGCAAGAGAAAACAGAUGGGGCCGAAGGAGCUCUGCCAAUCCUGCCUCUUAGAGAUCAUGCCACCUUACAGGGGGACACAGCCAUACUCCAUAUUAAAAUGCAUAAACCCCUUACAACAAGGGACCUUGAAAGCCUAAAAAAGCGUAUGCCAAAAUGGUAUGUGAACCCUUCCUGGACAACCAGGAUUCAAGCAAGUAAUCUGCUUGUAUGACCUCACCUUUUCAGACAUCAAAAUCCUUUUAUCUGAACUUUUCACCCCAAGAGAGGAGGACCAAUUCAUUCAAGAAAUCAGAACAAACCCGAAUCUACCAUCUCAGCCGAGCAAUGGCAAGACUUAGAGUUAUCAAAUAACCAAAUCCUGUCAUAUUUAUGGAGGGCACGAGAAGAUCUAAUUGAGGCACUAUUUUAACAACAGAACAUUCCCAGGGACCAGCCCCAGGAACCCAGCAUCCAUCAAAUGUUGGCCAGGCCUGGAGAUGGCCCAGGCAUGGACAGAGAUUGUUUGUAACCAGCACUGGACUUGGGAGUCAAAAGUUCAGAUCUGGACACUGACAUUUAAUCAGCCAUGUUGCCUCAGACAAGACACUUCCUCUCUUUGGGCCUCAGUUUCCCCAUCUGUAAAAUAGGGGAUGGUCACAUGUGCACAAUCUACCUCACAAGGCUGUUGUGAGGGAAUGGUUUAAUUUCGGGGGAGGGAUGAGGAGAUAGGGGUUGAUAAUUUCUGUAUGUGUGCCUCUGAGCCUUUGUGUGGAUAAUAACAGUUGUACUACCUACCUCACCAGAUUAUCAUGAAAAGAGUUCUUUGUAAGUCUUAAAGGGCUAUAAAAAUGAGGUAAUAUAUUUUAAAACCUUAAUUAAAAUUAUGUAAAAAUGA